UUGCGCGCGCGCGUGUUUUUCGCGUAAAAGUCAAUUCUCAAUGCAAUGAUCGUGCGUUCAGUGAAUUGUUUUUGUGAUCAUGGAAUCGUUGACCCCCGUUGUACAUGGAGAUUCUGAGCGCGAAACGUGAAAUGAAUAAGGGAUGCAGUGAUGGAAUUUUUGACGCAAAUUGAUACAUUUAAGAUUGUGAAAAUGAUUGUGCUGUCCAAUAUAUUUCGCGGCAAUCAUCUACAAAACCAAAUGGCAAAUGAGAUUAAUGUUACCGACAAAGAGAAGCACUCGCAGCCGAUCUCCCAAAGUUCGUUGCGAUUGAAAAAGAAAACAAAAACUGUAGACAAUAUAAAUGAUACUGUAGCUAACGGAUUAAAGAAAGUGAAUAGUGAAAAGUGUAUAUCUAAUAGUGUCGACACUCUCCUCACACAUAGGGAGGGAAAGGAGAAAGUGAUAUGUAGUGCCAAAGGUCUUUUAGAAACUAAUUUAGAUGAUAUUUUUAAUGAUGUCCAUGAUGCAUGGAAUCAACCAAAGAGUUUGGGAACAAGCGAACCUAUAUUGAGAUUUAACGACAGUAGCAGUGUUGGCAAUCGAGAGUCCUACUUGUCUGAAGAGAGUGAGGAUACGUCUAUCAGUGACUGUACAGAUAUUGAUGCACGGGAGCAAAGGAAAUGUAUGGGAGCUCGACGCUUUGGCCAUUUGCUAAGGAGGGUCAUAUCGAGAAAUGUAUUCCCAAAUGUUCCCGCCGCGCCUGGGAUGCCAUGUGCUGGAGAGGACAGAAGCAUAUACAGGCGUGGCGCCCGCCGGUGGCGGAAAUUGUACCGCGUCAACGGACAUAUAUUCCAAGCCAAACGAUUUAAUAGACGAGCCUUCUGUGCCUUCUGUCAGGACCGCAUCUGGGGUCUUGGCAGGCAAGGGUUCAAAUGCAUCCAAUGCAAGCUGUUGGUGCAUAAGAAGUGUCACAAACUGGUGCAGAAACCCUGUUCAAAUGAACACGUUGAUCCUAUCGAGAUUAAGGAUGACGCUAAUGGGGAAAGCACGCUGGGAAGAGCACCGUCAGUCAGGUCUCGUGAGGAACCAGAGCCUCCUCUUCCGGAAACGCCACCAGCGCCGUUGCCUCCAACCAUCAGGAAUGAAGACUUGGAGCCGGGCUCGCAGAGGCAGUACUCGCUGGAUGACUUUGAGCUCAUCAGGGUCAUUGGACGAGGGUCUUAUGCUAAGGUGCUGAUGGUGGAGUUGAAGCGAACCAAGCGCGUAUACGCCAUGAAGGUGAUAAAGAAGGCUCUGGUGACUGACGACGAGGACAUAGACUGGGUGCAAACUGAGAAACACGUCUUUGAGACUGCCUCUAACCAUCCGUUUUUGGUUGGACUCCACUCGUGCUUCCAAACACCAAGCCGAUUGUUCUUCGUCAUCGAAUUCGUACGUGGUGGUGAUCUUAUGUUCCAUAUGCAGCGUCAGCGUCGUUUACCAGAAGAACACGCUCGGUUCUACGCAGCGGAGAUCUCUCUCGCUCUCCACUUUUUGCAUGAACGUGGCGUCAUCUAUCGGGACUUGAAACUGGACAACGUCUUAUUGGACCACGAGGGGCACAUCAAACUCACUGAUUAUGGAAUGUGCAAGGAGGGCGUAAGACCCGGCGACACAACGUCGACUUUCUGCGGGACACCCAACUACAUUGCCCCAGAAAUAUUACGCGGGGAGGAAUAUGGCUUCUCAGUGGACUGGUGGGCUUUAGGGGUGCUAACAUAUGAAAUGUUGGCUGGAAGAUCUCCCUUCGAUAUUUCACACGCAGCUGACAACCCUGAUCAGAACACUGAGGAUUAUCUCUUCCAGGUCAUUCUAGAAAAGACCAUUCGAAUCCCUCGUUCUCUAUCCGUGAAGGCUGCGUCGGUGCUGAAAGGCUUCCUCAACAAGAAUCCAGUUGAGAGACUUGGAUGUGGAGACACUGGAUUCAGAGACAUCGUUAACCAUCCGUUCUUCAAGAGCAUUGAAUGGGAGAUGUUGGAGCAGAAACAAGUAGUUCCACCAUUUAAACCCCGUCUCGAAGGAGAAAGGGACCUCGCUAACUUCCCACCAGAGUUCACCGAUGAGCCUGUGCGACUCACGCCCGAUAAAGAUAGCGAGAUAGCGGACAUUGACCAAUCGGAGUUCGAGGGCUUUGAGUACGUGAACCCACUCCUCAUGUCCCUCGAGGACUGCGUGUGACACCACGCCUGUCUGCUGCACCCAGGCGACAAGCAGAUGUACGGGUACAGCGCGGAAUCGUCAUCAUCAGACUACGACUCGGUCUGUUCGGAGAGACCUUCGCGCAAGCCCACGCUAUUGCAGCACAUGUUCUGCUUGCCGCUCAACUGACGCACGAAACACACGCAACAAACCAAACAAGCCACAAUGCAACGAUCAUUCGGUAAACAUACACAACAACCUAUCACACAGUCUUACAAUACACACUUUCAUAAUACGUUGUCUUAUAGUACACCGUCUUGUAAUACACCGUCUUAUAAUACAGCGACUUACAAUACACAAUCUCAUAAUACGUUGUCUUAUAGUACACCGACUUGUAAUACACUGUCUUACAAUACACCGUCUUAUAAUACAGCGUAUUACAAUACACAAUCUCAUAAUACGUCGUCUUGUAAUACACUGUCCUACAAUACACAACAGACUUUUAAGCCAUUAACAAGACAGAUGUCUGAUUUAUCUCAAUCAUUACAUCGACCGCCAUUAUCUCGGCAGUAUUCGGAUAUAACGCAAGAAUCGCUCGGUAUACGCCAAUUGAAUAACGUAUUGUUAAGACGCGGUGAACUUUUAAAUGAAUCUAAUACACAACAGUCUUUGGGCGAACAAUCAGACUUUACACACACACAUAAAUCAUCAAAACGUAGCGUAACAUUUGAUGCUGAUCUUUUGUGAUUUUUUGUUUAGUUUUUAAGAAUUGUUAACAAAUAUUUUAUCCUCUUAAUUAUUCUUUAGGUUUAACUUGCGUGCGACGCCAAAUUUGACGAAUUGGACAAUUAAUAUAUUUCUUUAUUGGUAUCGCUCUAGCUUCAAAGAAAAUCCUUAUCAACUAUAUCUAAAGAAAUUUCUUUUGAUUUUUAACACUAUUGUAUUUAAACAUAUUUGGUAAAUUUUAUUUAUAUUGUUUAUGAACAUAUUUUAAACAUUUAUCUAUGUCUUCCUUAAUAUUUUAAUCUUACAAUAAGAUUCAAAUUCUUUAUUGAGUUUAAAAGCCUAUAGUUAUGACCGUAAUUACCCUGAAGUAUGUAAUUUCGAAUAUCAAGUACUUAAAUAGUGCCUAAACAUUCCAAAACGUGGUAAUGGAAUUGAAAUACUCAUUGAGUAUGUUAACGCAGGACCGUUACUAGAUGGCGCUGUAUUAAAUUUACAAAUAUCAGUGUUGCCAGUGUUAGAACGCGCCACUUCCCAUUUCAGUGUGUCCUGAAAAAUAAAAAGUGGGGACUGCGUUAAGUUGGAAGCUUCAUUCUCUUUAAAGAAUAAGAGUAUUGUAACAAUAUUUUAUAUUUAAUAUUUAUCUCCAUCUAGUUCCUGCGUUAACAGAUUGUGUGCGUAACGGGUUGCAACAGGCAGACAAUUCGCUAUAUGUAUAUAGAAUCAACAUAGUAUUAGAAUGUUUAUUAAAAGUGUGAUCGAGACUAGAAAACUUAUAAUAACCAAACUUAUUUUACGUUCCAUUUUAAAUGUAUUUAUUUCCCUCAUAAUUAAUCUUAACAGUUACUCUUACGAUAAAACAACACAAUAUUAAUUAUUAAUAAUAUAAUACCUGCACCUCAGGCAGUGUAGAAAAAUUGUAUGUAUGAUGAUGGUAACAUAUAUAUAUUUUUUUUAAACUUAAUUUCUCGUUGUAUGGGUUCUAAUGAUAAAUAUUGAAGCGGUUUCAAAAGUCAAGAUCGCACGUUAGGUAUACUCCUACUAUAUAAUAAUAUCGAUAUAAAUAUACCAAAGCGGACUUUGGUACGAUAACGCUGUACAUAACGAUUGAUGUACUAUAGGAAUAUAUGAGGAUUUUCUAUAAGAAAAUCGUCGUUAAUAAAAUAACCAUUCUAAAUUAAUAAAAUAAAAUUAGUCGAUAUAACCAUUAUUAAACACUAAUAAAAAAUAAUUUUCGAGCAAUAAAUGUAUUUAAGUACGGCAGAUUUCUGCUCUGAGGCACGUAAGGAAUUAAAAGUAGUGACAUAUGCGCACGCGUCGCGCGAUUGUAGACCUAGGGUAAGCUAGAUUGUAGCCUAUUAGCUAUUGUGACGUCAUUUCUUUGUUCAUUCUAUCUAUUAUUGCUUAAGCUGACUUAUUACGAAGCGAUAGCUUUCGAUUCGUCUCUUUCGUGAUAACACAGAGGAAAAGAGAUAAAAUUGUGUGAUAAGAGAGAUGUUAUCGAGAAGGUUAAUCCUGGAGACGACUGAGAUUUUGAAAGGUCAAUUCGAAGGUACAUAAAACAUUUAAAUUUGACGUGACCUUUCAUUGUUUUCAAGGUCAUAAAUGGUUCUUCGAAUCAGAUUUUUUAAAGUAUUUGCAGCUAAAGUGAUAGUACGGUAGACGGCUAAUAUUAUAACCCUUAGGCGAUUAAAAAUAUACUGUAAAUAAAUUUCCGACGUUAUAAAUUAUGUAAAUGCUAGAAAUCAUCGCAUACCGAAAUAUUGUUGUUAUUGUACAUAAAGAUUUUUCACGAAAUAACGCUUUCGUACGCUUAUGUAAAUUUUGUAUAUGACCGCUGUCUCAGUGUUGCCAUUUACUGUUGUGUAUAUAUGCAAUACUCACCGUUUUAUUACGUACAGCGUACAAUAUCGUUUUAGCUUAGAAGUAAAUACCUCAUAAAGUUACUUCAGUGCGUUGCACUUAAAAUAUAAUCCCUUCCUUAGAUCCUCUUCUAUAGAAAUCGUUAGGUAGCCAACGAAUUUUACAAAUUAAAAAAUAAUGAGCACUGAUAAAAUCGUAAUUCUAUCGUUAUCGGAGUAUAUUGUUAACGUAGGUAAAAGACUUCGUGAACGAAUGUCCACAACUAUUCUAAAUAGUGUAGAGUUAGACAUUUUGCACGAUAUUUUAGUGAUUCGUUCGACACGCCUUUCCCCUCGAUAAUCCUUAAUGUUGCUGGCAAUUGUUGCGUUGUUGUGUGCGGUGGUUAUUUUCCAUUAAGUAUUUAAUAUAUUCAUAGGCUUAUUUAAGUUAACAUUCCAUUUUGUUUGCACUUAUGACAUCACGAGUUUAUCUAUUCUAUUGCAUGAAAAAUAACCAAAAGUGAGGUCGCUACGAGUUUUAUUCAGUUCGAUUUUUAAUUUAGAUGCACCAAAUGGCGGCUUGCAUUAAUUUCGUCAAUAAAGUAAAGGAUGUAAUAAGCGAUUAAAAUAAUUGAUAGAAAUAUCAUGAGAAUGGAUUAUUUGACUGAUUAUUUUAAAAAUAAUUUAUGUACAAUACCUUUAUCAUUUCAAUAAAACUGUUCCACAUAUUUCCUUUAUAUUAUUUAAAUGCAUAACAAUGCAAGUUUUAGCUCGUGCAACGUAGCGGCCAUUUUAUACGUGUAAUGCUAUUUUGUGAUUUCGCAUUUUACUUUAGGUGUCGUAUUACUUGAAUACAUGUAUCUUGUGUAUCACCGAUUAGAUAAUGUUGUUAUGAUUGUGACUGCUUGAUGUGUGACUGCGACAUAUUGUCAAAUUAGACUGGAUGACUUGAAACUGUACUAUUCUAUGCUUAAAUAAAAUAAAGAAGAUUAAUC